CUCACAUGGUUUACGGAUAAGGUCAAGUUAGUCGAAAUGGACUUUUCAUCAGGAUCAUCAGGUGGUUUUAAGAAUAAAGACGUUGAAAGUCAACUCAGAGCUGUGCAGAAUGAAAUCAACAUGAAGUUAGCAAUGGAAAAGCUCCAGCUGGCAACAGACAAAUGCUUCAGAAAAUGUGUGAACAAGCCAGGGUCAUCCUUAGACAGCCACCAACAGAAAUGCCUGGCCAACUGUACUGAUCGCUACUUUGAUGCCGAGGAGCUGGUGUCGCGUUCAUUGCUGACCCGCAUGCAGAGUGAGGCUGGAGUCUAACAAAGAAUGGCAUAGAGACUUGAACAGAGACUUACAUGUAUACAUAGACUGUUUAAAACUAGGG